AUGGCUAAGUCAGUGUUUGUUGUAAAGAACACUCCAUGCAGGAAUCUUGUUUACUUCCCAGUUGAUUAUACCAAGAUCAUCACCACCAAAAAACCAUAUUCUUGCAGACCUGAUUUCAGAAAGAAGAUAUGUAGCAGUACUGUUUCUGUUACGUCUUUACCCUCCUCACUUUCACAUGCUAGGGUUUCUACCAUGUCUCCUAGUUUACCUCUUAACUGGAGAGAUGUUCAAGGUUUAAACAACUGGGAAAAUCUCAUCCAACCCUUGAAUCCUCUUCUCCAACUUGAAAUCAUUCGUUAUGGAAAGUUCGUUACUGCUUCCUAUGACGCUUUUGAUCUGAACCCUGAUUCCAGUCGCUACUUGACCUGCAAGUACGCCAAGAACCGAAUGUUCUUGGAGUUAGGGUGGGCCGACUGUGGUUAUGAGGUUACAAAGUACGUUUACGCCACCCCUGACAUCAGCAUUCCAAUCCAGAAUGGUGGUUCAUGCGCGCGGUGGGUCGGGUACAUUGCGGUUUCGUCGGAUGAAGAGGUAAAGAGGAUUGGGAGGAGGGAUAUUUUGGUAAUUUUCCGUGGCACGGCUACUUAUCCUGAAUGGAUAGCGAACUUAAUGAGCUCGCUAUCUCCAGCUAGGUUAGAUCCUAAUGAUCCAAAACCUCAUAUCAUGGUCGAGGCUGGGUUCCUCAGCUUGUACACUUCUUCUGAGACCAAUGCUAGAUUUGGUCUCGGAAGUUGUCGUGAGCAACUUAUUUGUGAAAUUUCUCGCCUUUUAAGAAUGUAUAAACACGAAGAUAUGAGCAUAACGUUAGCUGGUCAUAGCAUGGGGAGCUCGUUAGCCCUGCUACUCGCAUACGACAUUGCAGAACUAAGACUAAAACAACCCACGGUCCCACUUACAGUUUUUUCAUUUGCGGGACCGAGGGUUGGGAAUGUUCAUUUUAAGGAACGGUGUGAGGAGUUGGGGGUGAAAGUUCUUAGAAUCGUUAAUGCAAAAGAUCCUAUAACAAAACUCCCAGGAGUUAUAUUCAAUGAGACAUUUAGCCCAUGGACAUGUGCUUGUUAUGCUCAUGUUGGUAUUGAAUUGGUACUUGACUGUUUAAAGACAGACGAAGAGGAGAACCUUGAAAUACCUGAUUACAUGAUAGAUAAGAUUGUGAAAAGGGGAAUGAAUGUGAUGGAUUUCUUCAAGAUCGAUGACAUUCUAUGUGUUCACGACAUGCAGACAUAUAUCGAUAUGAUCAAGAACUGUCCAAGGAGAUCGAGAAUUCGACAAAAAAGGGUGGAUUUUAUCAAAAAUUUGAAAGUGAUUAACAUGAAAAUUUCAGUACCAUGGAGAUAUGCUGCAAUAACAUUUUUGGUGUACCAUGCUUGUGUAAUGUUUGUAAAUAUGAUGAGUUUAGCUAAUUACCCAUAG